ACUUGUUAUGUGCAAGGCACUGUUCUAGUCACCAGGGCCACAGCCGCACACCAGAUGAACACCCCUACCCUCCUGGAUCUGACGUUCAAGUCGGAGAGGUGAGACUAAGGAGGAGAGACAUAACACAAGUGGACAAAGAAAUCACCUAAGAGAGCGGUAAAUGAUGUCAAGAAGAAAACGACACUGUGGCUUGCUAGCAAAGAGCUGGGGGCCUGAGUUGCAGCAGGCAUUAGGAAAGGCCUUUUUGAGGAGGUGCUGUGCGUGAAUUAAGCCAAAAUAAUGAGAUACAGUCGGCUUUGAGAUUGCAUGAAUAAGGUUCUAAGAAAAGGGCAGAGUGUGUGCAAAGGCCCUGAGCUGGCACCCUCCAGAAACUGGCAGAAAGCCCCUGUGAACGGCUGUGUGAUGGUAGGCGAGUUACUCAGCGCCUGUGCACCGCUGGAAAAUGAGGAUGCUCAUACCUACUGCUCGAGAGGAAAAAAGCUGUGGUUCAGAGUCCAGGAGAGAACCCAGGAGGCCAGCAGAAGGCCCCGUCACCUCCUACCAGCUGACCUUUGGCCAUUCCUUGCCUUUGAUGUGAAUGAUCGGGCGAUUCUGCUCCUCCCUCCAUCUCCCAGCAGGGGUUGUAGGGUGAAGGAAUGAGAGCAAAACUUCAGGGCCUCCUCCCCAGAAUCCCUGUCCCGGUCUGGUCCCCACCCACCACCACCACUGACCCAGUGCUAGAGAAGGAUGCAGCUGGAGGUGAUUUCCCAGCCAACUCAAAAAGUCACAUGGGGACGGGCCAGGGUGGGCGUGGUCACUGUGGCCGGGGUGCUGCAGGGCGGGCCGAGGCUGCAGAUGCGACUGCCGCAGGUCUAUAAAGACCCCAUGUGUGACGAAGAGACCUUCUCUGCACGGUCCCUGGACAGAAUUCGAAAUGAGGAGUCCUCUGGACGUCAGCUCCGGCCACACCCCUGCCUGGAGGAAGCUGCUUUUAACAGGCUUCCUGCUCACAUCCUGCACCUGCUCUGCCUUCUCGGAGCUGCCCGUCUCGACACAGCUGAACACCUGGACCGAAGGAGCCAGUGUCCACCUUCCUGUCCCCGGAAGCCUCGAUGGCAUUCUCACCACAUCUUGGUUCCGAGGGCAUGACGCCCAGCCAGCAGCCAUGAUAUUCUCCCCGGAGGGCCUCCCAGGACCUGCUCACACUGGCCGGGAGAUGCUGGGCAGCCAAGGUAGCCUGGUCAUUCAAAACGUGACGGCUCAGGACUCGGGCAGCUACACCGUCGUGCUGGAAACCAGCAGGGGGCGCAGGAGUGCGACAGAGCAGAUCCAUGUCAAGAACAGCUUCCCACCAGCGCAACUGAAGACAUUCCCAUACGCUUUCCAGGGCAUCAUCCAGACUGAGCUCAACUAUUCUGUGAUCCUGCAGUGGAUGGUGAUAAUGAACCCUGAGCCUGUGGUGAGCUGGACCCUCAAUGGGGUGCCCUGCGGGAUAGGAGAGAGGCUGUUCAUCCGGCGGUUGUCCAUGGAGCAGUUGGGCACCUAUAUGUGCACAGCCACAAACAGCAAGGAACAGCUGGUCUCUGCGCCUGUGACCAUCUCACUGCCAACCCACAGAACCAGAGCCCGUGGAGCCAGACCCCACUCUGUCCCUGUCCGGAGGCGCUGCCAUUUCGCUCAUCGUGGCUGGAACCUUGGGAGCUGGGGUGCUGAUUGGAGGCUUGUGUUUCACCAUCAUCCGGAGCCUAAGACGGAGAAGAUCCUGCUGCAACGUGGGCAACUCUCCCGUCCUCUGAAGAGGUGGGCACUUUGUACUUCUCUAUCCACGUGGAAAAAGCCUCCAUCCCAUAGCUUCCAAGUCCACAACAUCUCUGUUUAAGGGAACAACCCAGCUUAACCAGACUCCCUUUGCCCUGUUUCUGAAACACCUGAAGAAAGCAUCUGAUGGGUUGACCCGGUGCCAUCCAUGGUCCCAUCGCUGUGACACAUUGUGCGAGCAAAGCACCAGGGGCUCAUCCCUGACUGUGGAAGCUCAGUGCUUAGAAAACAGGUGGGAGGUUUUACCUGGGAAAUUGCCCAGACCCCAAAAUGUGUCUAUUACACAUGCUGCUCUUUUUUUUCUUUUUGCUCUUUUUCAAAAAGAACCAAAACAUAAAUAAAAACACCACCACGUCUGAGUGGUUUCUCAUGAAGCCUCUCUUCCUGAGAAGUGGGGAGAUGGUUCCCAGAAAUCCGUGGCGUGUUUGCAAAUAAGAUCAACCUUUGAGCUUGGCGUUGCUCACGUUUAACACCCCUCCAGCAGAGGAUCCCGACAGAUGGCAGGCACAGAGCACGCAAGUGUGGAUGGAGCUCCUCUGGGGAUACAGCUUACAUCUGAGGAACAUUCGGUGCUUCUGUGACCAACACAAUCACCUAAACAGCAUUAUGCUUAGCAGUAAUGGUAGCAGACCUGAGUCCACAUCUUGUGUGUUGAGCGCUCUCCAUGUGUCAGCCAUUGACUAUUCACCUUAAGUGAUUAAUGCAUCAUAGCCAGCCGGGCGCAUGCAUUAAUCACACCUGUAAUCCCUCUACUUUGGGAGG